UGUGCAAUUGAUUUCCUAAUAGCAUGCAAUCUCUGUUUCUCGAAAGCGCAAUCUUUAUUUUCUGUUAAUGCAAUCCAAACAUUUCCUUUGUGCAGUUUGUUUUUCUCAGUGCGCAAUCUAUUUCCGAAAAUAGUGUGUUUAUUGUUAAACAAGGCAAAUGUUGUCACUUUAGAUGCUAGGCGUAUCUGUACAGAUAGAGAGUUUCCAAUUUUUUAUAUUCUGCCAUAAUCAUGAAACUAGCAGGCGAAUGAUCAUAAACAGGCUCGGAUUUGUCUUCUCUGGGUGGUUUUGUAAACAAGCCUUUUUCAUGCGCUUCAUGUUCUGUAGAAACCACAGUAUAACAGAGAGAAGCUUCUUCAUCCUCUCCUUCUUCUUCUUCGCCAUGGGUAUCCAUAUGUCUUGGGUUAAAUCCAUGGUCCUUAAACCAUUUAAGCACAUCGGUUUCCUCUUGAAACACAGCGAUAAUGCAAGUAAAUUCUAUAUCUUUAAUAAAGCAAGCGAUUCUCCAAACUUCUCGAGACAUGAUUAAAAGAGAAAAAACGAACCACAAACAAGUAUCCCUCCCUUUUUAUGGUUUGCACAGAUAGAUAGAUGGAUCCAAGGUUGAUAUAUACAUUAAAUGAAUCGCCGCUAUUCUCCUUCUUUCUUUUUCCUUUAUAGCAUAAUAUGAGUCAAGAUAGUUUUUCUACUGCUAUCCAGUAUUGGAAAAGUAUUCAACUUGUCAACCUUCAAAAAGAACUCGACCAGCAAGGUCUUGCUAUUGUUGAGAAUCAGAAAGAUGGCCUUGUUUCAAGAAAGAAACUAGCAGAACAAACCAGAGGUAAACA